AUGUUUUUUGGAUAUUGGAAGCAGUUCUCAAUUUUCUUUUGUGAAGAAAUCUGUGAAACGUACAAGCAAAUAUCUGAGAAGCUCUCUCAGACUCCACCCUUUUCUGUAUUUGUACUUGGGCCCUCGGCAGCACUGGCGCCCAGUCGCGCAGAGUUGCUGCUGACCGAGACACUCAUGCUGACCUCAGCCACUGGCAGUCUGAGUUCAAGUGUGAACUGCAGUGAGUUACCACCCAAUUUCCUCUCUCUAUGGCCUCUUUGCUCUGUCACCACCUUCACUGGGUGGUGUACUUUAAUCGAAUAA